AUGGAUAAUAUAAGUUGUAGACAAGAAGAUAAUAUUGAAGAAUUAGAAAAGGUUAAAUCUAACAAAAGAACUAAGUUUUUUCCAUAUUAUGAUAAAUACUAUGAAUACUCGUAUACUCAAAAUAUUAAUGAAAGUGAUAAUUAUGUAAACUUAAAUAAUUUAGUAAAUGAAAUGAAUAGUUUACUUAAAUUAAAAAAAAUUAACGAAAAUAAAAAUAAAAAUUUAGAAAAUUUUAAUAAAUGUAAUUUGAAUAAUUAUUCUUCCAUAAUAGAUAAUAAUUGUAAUUAUGAUAAAAUGGGAGCAUUAACUGCGUCUAGAUCAUCAGUAGGUGUUUGUAUUUUAAAACCAAAUCAUGUAAAUAAUGAAAAUUUGAAUAGUAAAUGUAACGAAAAAAAUUAUAAUAAUGAUAAUUUUAGAAACAAUAAAAAUAAUAACAAUUUUAAUUAUAAUGGAGAUUAUAAAAGUAGAGGUGACAGAAUAAAUGAAAACGAUAAUGGUCCCAAUGAAGUUUUGUAUUCAUUUAAUGUUAUGAAAUAUCAUAAUUUUGUAAAUAAAAAUAUGAAUAAAGAAAGUAUGCAUAUUGAUAAUUGUUCCAAUUAUUAUUUAAGUACGAAUGAUAAUAUUUUAAAUGACCAUACGCAUAAUAAAGAAGAGAUAUAUAAUAGCAUAAAAAAAAAUAAUAAUAUUUAUAAUAAUGAAAAUAAUUUUAUUGAAGAUAAUUUAAAUAGAGAAAAUAAUAAUAUCAACAUAAGUAUUGAAAAGGAAUAUAAUGUAAAUGAUAAACCCUUAAUAAAAAACGAAAAAAAAAAUUUACACAAUAUAUUAUGCCAAUAUAAUACAAAUAUAGAUGAAAAUGACGAAACUUGUUUAAUAAAUAUAAAUAAUAAUAAAAUUAAUAAUGAUAUAGAGAAUUUAGGAAGUAAGGAGAAUAAUAGUAAUAUAAACAAUAACAAAAAUAUAAAUAAAAUAAUUAAAACAGUAAUUAAUGAUUAUAAUAAUAAUAAAUUUAAUACCGAUAGUAAUUUUAUAGAUAAUAAUAAUAAUAAUAAAAAUAAUAAUGAUAAUAAUAAUAAUAACAAUGAUAAGGAUGAUAAUAAUGGUAAUAAUAAUAAUAAUAGUGAUAAUAAUAAUAAUAAUAAAAAUAAUAAUGAUAAUAAUAAUAAUAAUAACAAUGAUAAGGAUGAUAAUAAUGAUAAUAAUAAUAAUAAUAAUAAUAAUAAUAAUAAUAAUAAUAAUAAUAAUAAUAGUGAUAAUAAUAAUAAUAAUAACAGUGAUAAUAAUAAUAAUAAUAACAGUGAUAAUAAUAAUAAUAAUAAUAACAGUGAUAAUGAUAAUAAUAAUAAUAAUAAUAAUAACAGUGAUAAGAAUGAUAAUAAUGGUAAUAAUAAAAAUAAUGAUGAUAAUAAUAAUAAUGAUAAUAAUAAUAAUAAUAAUAACAAUAAUAAUAAUAAUAAUAAUAAUAAUAAUAAUAAUAAUAAUAAUAAUAAUAAUAAUAAUAAUAAUAAUAUUGAUAGUGAUAAUGAUAAUGACAAUAAUGAAAGUGAUAAUGAUAAUAAUGAUAGUAAUCAUAAUAUUAAUAGUGAUAAAGAUAUGAGUGAUCAUAGUAAAAACAGUAAUAAAAGUGUUAGUCAAUUGCAUAAAAAUGAUAUGCUCAAUUCAAAUUAUGAAAAAGGCAACUACUUAAAUUCUCAUCAGAAAAAUACAAGUAAUAUGUGUGGAAAAAAUUUAGUUCUUUUACAAGAAGAAAGUAAUAUUUUAGUACAUAAUAAUCUUGAAGAAGCAAACAUUUAUGAAAAUUGCAACAAUGAUAAAAAUAAUGAGAUAGUAUUCAAAAUUAAAGAUUUUUUUAAUAAUGAUGAAUUUAAUAAUAAAAAUGUAUUUUAUGAGAAAGAUAAUAAUAAAGCAAUAUUUUCUUAUUUAAAAAAAAAAGAUAAAAAUAAUUUAAAUAAAUUUUUUUUAAAAAGUGAAGAGUUAAAUGGUGUUUAUAAUAAUCAUUAUUUAAAAAAAAAUCCUAUAAAAAAAAAAUUAGGGAAUACUUAUGAUAAUUGUAAUGGUCAUCUUGCAGUAAAGUCUACAUCUAUUAUUAAUAAAGAAAAAGAAUCAAAAAAAUAUGAAUCAAAUUGUAAUUCAUCAAAUAAUUUUAUGGAAAAAUUAUAUAUAUUAAAAAAGGCCCCAGAGAAAAAUAUAAAUGAAGAUAUAAAAUCAAAUGAUAAAUCUACUUUAAACAAUUAUGAUCUUUCAAGUAUUGUUAAAGAAGAAAAUUCUAUAGAAGGAAAAAAUUAUUUAGGAAAUAAAAAGUUUAGUAUAUCAAAUUCUUAUAAUGAUAUCUUAAAUGAAAAUAAAAUAGAAUUAUUUAAUUCAGUUGUAUUUCCAAGAAAUAAUGAUAUCAAAAAAAACAAUGAAGCUUCAGAUAAUCUACUUAAUUAUAUUACACUAAAUAAAGAAGGUGAGGAAAAAAAGAUAAACAUUAAUAAGGAAAAUGAAAGUUUAAAAAAUGCACAUUGUGCUGUUGUUUCUUUAAAAAAAGAAAAGGUAUACCUCGAAAUGGAUGAGAAAACUACUAUUAUUGAAACAGAUAUAUGCAAGCACUAUGAUAUGAAUAAUACUCAAGAAAAAAGUAAUGUAAAAAAUGAAAAUAUUAAAAACAGCGAUACAUUAAAAUCAAAUUAUAUUAUUAGUAUAAAUGAAGAUGAUAUAAUAAAUAAUGUUCAUGCAGUUCAUGUCAAGAAUAAUGAAAGUUUCUCUUCGGCAAAUAAUAUAAGUAUUAAGGAUAAUUUUAGAGGAAAUAAUUUAUUAAAUAAUAUAAAUCAUUUAAAAGAAAAUAUACAAAUAGAUGAUAAUAUAGGAAAGAGCAAUUUAAUUAUAGAUGAUAAAAAUAUAUUAAAUAAUAUGAAUAACGAAAAUAUAGUUAGUAAUAUUAAUGAAGAGAAUAUGAUUAAUUGUAUGAAUAGCGAAGAUGUAAUAAUUGAUAAUAAUGAAAAAAAUAGCAUAAAUGGUAUUAAUAACGAAAAUGUAAUAAAUAAUAUAAAUGAAAGAAGUAUGACAAAUGGCAUGAAUAAUGAAAAUAUAAUAAAUGGGAUGAACAACGAAAACAUGUCAAAUAGUAUGAACAACGAAAACAUGCCAAAUAGUAUGAAUAACGAAAACAUGUCAAAUAAUAUGAGUAAUGAACACAUAAUAAGUGACAUGCAUAAUGAAAGAACAAAUAAUUUUGGCAUGGAUAAUUCAAAUAAUAAUCUAAAUAAUAAUCAUAUGGAAGGAAAUGCAAGGGAUAUAGUUAAUUAUAAUAACAUUGAUUAUUUAAAUAAUAAUAAUAGCAAUGAUAAAUAUUUACAGUGGUUUGACGCUAUUUAUACAGUAUGUGUUAAAUUAGAUGAUUUAUGUUGUAAAUUAAGUAAUAGUUUUCCGCAUUCUAUGAAUAUUUGGGAGAAUGAUAGUAAAUCAAAUGUAUAUUCAUUAAAGUCUAUUUUUUAUAAAUAUGAUAAUAUUAAAUCAUUAUAUAACAAUGAAAAAAAUAAAUCCUUUUUUAUAAAUUCAAGUGAUUUAAAAAAUAAUUAUAGUAAUUUGAAUAAUAAUAAUACUAAAUAUAUUUAUCCAAAUAUAAAUAAAAAUGAAGAAGAAAAAAUAAAAAAACUUAAUAAUUAUUUAUUAGUCCCAUCUGAUAAUAAUGCAUCAUUAUUUAAUAAGAAGCAUUGUAAAAAUAUGAAUGCUAUAGAAAAUAUGAAAGAUUUCCAACAAAAUGAAAAUAUUUCAACAAAUUUAAUUGAUACUUAUUUAAAUUGCAAUAAAUCUACAAAGAUAAUUCAAAAUAAAAAUGAUAAAAUAAUGAAUAUGAACGAUCAUAAUGAUUAUAUGAUUAAUAAUGAUAUAUAUCAUCAUCAUAAUGUAAACUUGAUGGAAAAUAAUAUUAGUUAUGAAAAAGAAAAAAAAAAUAUGAUAAAAAUCGAAGAAAAUAAUUUAAAAAAUAAUAUUUCUAAAAAUUCUAUGGAAUUAUUACAAAUGUAUAAUAAUAAUAAUAAUAAUAGAUUUAAGAAUGAUUUAUAUUUUCAUCAAAAUCAGAAUAAUAAUUCUAUAUAUAAUGAUAAUAACAACAAUAAUAACACUUCUUUUAAUAAUACUACUAAUAAUAAUUUAAUGAAUUAUAAAAAAGGUACUAUCAGUAAAGUUUCAGAAUCAAUUUCAGGAUCCAAGAAAAAAAAAGGAGGUAAGAAAAAUUCUACUUUUACUUAUAAAAAUACAGAAAAAAAAACAAAUAAAAAAAAUAGCGCUUUAAAUAGAAGUUCAAAUAAAACCAUAAAAAAUGAAAGUGAAUUUGAAUACUUGUUAGAAUUAUCAGAUAAAGAAGGGCCAAGUUUAGAAAAUCCUGAUGAUUUAAAAUGUGAUGUAGCUGGUGUUUAUUGGGAUAAAAGAAGUUGGAUAGCUUCUUGGUAUGAUAACGGAAAAAGAUAUUAUAAAUCUUUUUCAGCUAAAACUCAUGGAUUUUAUAAAUCAAAGUUUUGGGCUAUUAAAGUGCGUUUAUCAAAAGUAAAAGGACAAACUAUAUUUGGAAAAAACAAUAGAAAAAAUAAAAAUAAUAAUGUUAAUAACUCUAAUCAUAAUAAUAAUAAUAAUACUAAUCAUGAGAAUAAUAAUAUUUCAUUCAAUAAUCCAAUUAUUCCAGUUAAUAAUAACAUUACUCUUAAUAAUGUAUAA